ACACACAAAAACGAAACAAAAUUCAAUCCCCGCAUGUAAAUUGCGCCGGAAUUAACUCGGAACAUGCGAUUUUUUAACAUGUUUCCUCUCUGGUUUGUAUUGUUUUUCAUACAAGUAUUGAUUUGUAUUUGGUGAUUUUUUUUAAGAGAGAAAAAAAGAUGCGUAUUGAAUUGAAUCCCAUGCCUUUUGCUUCUUCAUCGAAUUCCGGCUGUGAAAUUGUUGUUCCCGACCAGUUUCCGGCGGGUCUGAGAGUUCUCGUUGUGGAUGACGACCCCACUUGUCUCAGAAUUUUGGAUAAGAUGCUUCGCAGCUGCCUCUAUGAAGUUACGAAAUGCAAUCGAGCGGAGAUUGCGUUGGAAUUACUUAGAGACGAAAAAAAUAGCUUCGAUAUUGUUAUAAGUGAUGUCCACAUGCCAGACAUGGAUGGUUUUAAGCUUCUAGAACACGUCGGACUCGAGAUGGACUUGCCGGUCAUCAUGAUGUCGGCAGACGAUAGCAAGAAAUUGGUGAUGAAAGGUGUGAACCACGGUGCAUGUGAUUAUCUCAUAAAACCCGUUAGCAUGGAGGCUUUAAAGAACAUAUGGCAGCACGUUGUUCAUCGGAAGAAGCACGAGUGGGCCCGCAAGAAUAUCCAACAAUCAAGAACCGCCGCUGAAGAAGAUGUAGAAGAGCUGCACCAGAAACAACCAUCUAAUGAAGAAGUCGGUUAUUAUUCCUCCUCUUCGGCUAAUAAUGAAGGGAGUUUGAGGAGUUCGAAUGAAAGAAAAGACGAAGAAGAUGAAUGUGAAGAAAGGGACUGUAAAUCCAAACCGAAGAAGCCACGUGUUAUGUGGUCUAAAAAGCUGCACGAGCAAUUUAUAUCAGCUGUUAAUCAAAUCGGAAGCGACAAGGCUGUACCUAAGAAAAUUCUAGAAGUAAUGAAUGUUCCGGGACUUACAAGAGAGAAUGUUGCGAGCCACCUUCAGGUUCGACAAUUUUUAUUUUAUUUAAUUAUUUGUGUACUCAUUUUCUAUAGGCAUACCUCUAAUAUACUUACUUCGAAACACACGAACAAAUUCGUGCAGAAGUAUCGUCUCUGUCUUAGAAAGAUGAGUGGAGAGAUCCAAAAUGGACUGGGACACUCGUUUGUGAGUUCCACAGACUCCACUUUUGGGCCGUUGACUUUUGCUUCUUCAAGUCAACCCCGACAACAAAGUCUUGCCCCCGUAUCUGCCUCCUUAAACGUUCAUCAGAGAAAUAUUUUCACCUACGAAAAUCCAACGACUAGAUUCGUGCAAGGGCAGCAACGUCAUUUCAAUAGUGAUAACGAAGUGAAUUUUCUUCGUGGGAUUCCGACAUAUAGGAACUUGACAAAUAUACCCUUUGGCAACAUGAAUAACAGAAGGGAUUCAAAUUCACUACUGACAGAGAUGGUUCAAACACAACAAAGGAGCCAAAUUUCGAAUAACGGAAUUGGUUGCAAUAAUUUAUCGAAUCACAGUUUUAGCGCACCGACAUUAUUCUCAGGAAUUGCGAGUGUCACCUCUCUCCCGCACAAUCUCGAACCAGAAACGAACGCUUCUCGUGGUUUUGUUCCUAGUUUUGAUGUUUUUGAAGACCUGAACCAGAAUAGAACAGACGAGUGGGACCUACAAAUCGUUGAACCGGGAUUUCAAUCCGUCAACAAUUCGAAUAUCGGGCAGCAGCAGAAUAUUUUAUCUCCGGCCGAUAAUUUGUUCAGUUUCCAGAAUAGCUUAUUUACGGAGCAUGACGAAUUUAUGAACACGUAUCUCGAUCAGAAUCAACAAGACGUAUUAUCCGAGAGCGAGUUCGACUUUAACGAAUACCAAUUGGAUAGUUUACCUCUGUAACAAGCCUGUUUUGUACAUAGUUUCGGUUUCAUCUCAAGUUCACCACUUCUGAUCAUCGGCAGAAACGAAAAACACUCGUUUUAUUUUAUUUUUAAUUUAUUUAAAUUCUUGUUAUUGCUCUUGCUGCAUAUAUAUGGAAGGAGAAAUGGCAACUGAAUGCAAAAGUGUGGUGGGAAAUAUUUUUGGUUGUUUUUUGAGUAUUGUAGUUCAGUGAAGAGCUUGGUUUUUGAAAGAGCUUUGGCAAAAGCGGGUCAAAAUUGGAGGAUCCGAAUUCAAACCGAAUCUUUUGGUUUGGGCCUAUUUUAUAAUAAACCUUUGGGCUUCGAUGUAAAAUUGGACACCUGGGCCUAUUUAUAUAUAAAUUUAUUCUUCCAUUA